UUGAACUGGAAGAACAUGUCCACCCACUCAUGCUCAUGGCCCGGAAUUUGUAGUAAGGAGCUUAUCAUGUACAUUCACUGUAACUGUGAUUGUCAUUGAAACCACCUUAUUAGCUGAUACAGURAAGAUAGACGGUCAGUUUUAGUUUCGUUUCCCUUUCUUUCCUGAACGACACACCACGCUACUAACUGGACGUCUCGCUUGUCACCCGGCCCUUCUCUUCAGACUUGCCGUCAGAUUUCAUUGCUUGGAGCAGCCUCUCUUGCUCUUCUUAGUCUAAAACACACUAUUUGCAUGUAAUGUCACUAAUAAUGGAAUCUUCAUUUUGUUUUGCUGUCUUUGUUGCUGCUGUUGUUCUGUAUGCUCAGAUGAGCCUAGCACUGGCUGGUGGUCUAUCACUUUCAGAUUGUGAGGAUUACCAAUAUACAAUCAAUAAUGGCAAUCAAUGCUUCGACUGUCCCGCAUGUCCCGCGGGACAAGAGUACACCCUGCACUGUGGAUAUAUAGAGAAAAAUGGAAACAUAACAAGACCAAAAGAUAACAAAGAAUGUGAAGACUGCCCUUCUCAUCAUUACAAAAGCAGUAAAUCUCAAAACAUGUGUGACGAAUGCAAGAGGAAAUGUCCAAAAGGAAAAAAAAUGAUUCACCCGUGUAACAAGACACAUGACAUGAAAUGCACCAAGUGUCCAAAGGGUUUUUUCACUGAGUCUGAUGGCAGUUGUACGCGUUGCUCUCCAUGUUGUGGAACACCAACGGCUUACACACRUKAUUCUGUAGAARAGGAAUGCGAAAWKGCUGGGAUGAUGUCAUGUUCUUGUCGCCCUUUACGUUGUUCUGACAAAAAAUYCGCGGAAGAUUGUAAGAAAGGAUUUUUGAAGUUUUUAACAGGAAGUCCUUCCAAAAAGAUGUCGUCUCCUCCAACGAUCAUUAGUACGACUAAAAAAGACAACGAAAACAACACAACAAUAAAACCGAAAAGUCCAACUACAAAGACACAGAAAAACACCAUUCCUGUAUUACAAUCUCAAAAUGACCAAAAGAAAGAAGAUAAUGAAGAAAGUUUUUUUACUGGUUGGCUGGUCGCUACCGUGAUUGGCAUAGUUCUCCUUGCGACCAUCUUUUUUCAUAUGCUAAAGCAUUUUAACAUCUUGAAGAGGAUAAAAGUUCUUCUCAGACCCCGCGAACGAGAMGUAGAAGACGAUACCUCUAACUCAGUGAUCACAGUCGAAGAAAGAUUUGAAGCACCAGCUCCACCAGUUAUCACAAAUUACGCUCAAAGGAUCUUACCAGAGGAAGAAAUGGAGAGCCAAUCAGAUCACAUGAUGCAUGACCGCUCCAAUGUUUCUACAAGUGAUCUUGAUUAUGAUGAGUUUGCUUAUCAUGAUCCAUGGGUCUAUCGUGAUUCCACCGACCUAGGCGCGGUCCAAAUGAGGCCAAUGAGAUGGCUGCCUACCAGAGCAGAGGUGGCUAUGAAUCCAGAAUAUGGAGAGUAUAUCGAAAUACUGAGAUGUGAAGAUAUUGCGGAUGACUGUCUUUCCACCCAAGGAAACAAUUCAGGAAGUUUACAACAACUAGAUGAAUCAUCCAUAUCCCGAGAGGUAGUAUCAAAUGAACCASCACCUCCACAUACAGAAGAUAGAAAGGAGGUCAUGAAGGUUAACUUGGAUAAUAAACCUGGACAAGAACAUAGUGAUAGUGAAGAGCCACGUACGUCCAUCCCUGCUACUGCAAGUGGAGAAAAUACUGUUAUCAUAGCAACAGGACAACAUCGUGGGAUGAUCAGUGACGAAUUCAUUAGGAAAGAAUUCUCGAAGGGAAAACGAGAUAAAGUUAGUUCAAAUGGAAAACGAAGAAAGAAACAGCCAGAAAAAAAGAAGACAAGGAGAACACUGGAUGACAAUGGUCUGGAAAGUGAAGAUGUUUUAAGGUGCACGUGUGGUCCCCCCUGUUCGUAUCGACCUUAUGUUCGCGAAACAAAGCUUUGUCAUUGUGAAGAUUGUGUUCCCCAACCAACAGAUGACUUGUACAAUAUAAUAGAAAGAAGAUGUUUACGAGCAGAAAUCUGCAAAGAAUUGAACAAGAAAGGUGUCCCCAAUUGGAGAGAGUUAUGUACGUACAUUCGAAUUGAUAAAGAAAUAACAAGCGUCGAAAAGGAAGAGAAUCCCGCUGAGAUAGUACUCAAUAAGCUAAAAACAUCUCGCCCGCGGUUAAAACUGGAAGACUUCAGUCUUAUACUGAACAGGAUCAAACGCCAGGACAUCAUGGAAAUGAUCAUGCAGCAUCACGUUAAAUGCAUGUUAUGUAGACGUAACUCAUUUGAUGGUAGUCUAGUAAAUGUCCAUACAGUAUCAGAUACCAGUACUACGUGGAUCGCAUCAAAAUUAUCCCCAUAACAACAUUACGUUAACAGUAUAGGUUAUGUAGACGCAGCUCAUUUGAUGGUAGUCUAGUAAAUGUCCAUACAGUAUCAGAUUCCAGUACUACGUGGAUCGCAUCAAAAUUAUCCCCAUAACAACAUUACGUUAACAGUAUAGGUUAUGUAGACGYAGCUCAUUUGAUGGUAGUCUAGUAAAUUUGUGGCCAUACAGUGUCAGAUCCCAUUGCUACAGGGAUUGCAUCUAAAGCAUGUUUACGGGGAUAGCGUAACGCCUUUACAGGCAACUUGCUAAAUGGAUUUUAGAGUCCUGGUUUGGCUUUUUAUGAAUGGAGUUCUCUUAGAAUUACAGGGUACAAAGGUUGCAAGGGGAGGGCUGGACCUACAAAAACAUUGGUCAGUUCAGGGGGAAA